AGCCUUACAUAAUGCAGACAAAAUGAAUUUAACUGUGAUAAAAGAAUUCUGCUUAAGAUUUAUUGUUAAGGAAUGCAAUUUUACUCAAAUUGUUAUGUCGAAGGAAUUUGAUACUCUCUAUCAACCACUUAUGGUUGAGAUUAUACGCCGCAAACAAAUGCCUCAAGCAAGAAAUUUACCCGAGAUGCAAUAUGAUAUUUCAAUAGGAACAACAUUGGAACAAGAUAUGGCAUUAUUUUUAAAAUCAGUAGGAAAUGAGUUUUGUGAUAUAGUUCUCGAAUUAGAUGGUUCUGCCAUACCAGCGCAUAAAAGCGUACUUGCUGCAAGGUGUACUUAUUUGAAGCAAUGUUCAGAUCUUUCAUGCCAUCAGAUAAUAGAGUUAAUAUACAAAUAG